UGGAGCGACUAUAGUAAUGCUCCUGCAUUUUCCUGUCGUGGUAGGCGAAACAUUAUCGCUGUACAGUGUGCACUUAUAGACAAACAAAAUACAUACUAAUUGCUUUUAAUGGACGUAUUCUGAAUAUUAUACAAUUUUGGAUUGUUUUAGCGGGAUACGCAGGUUUCCCUGUAACGUGCAUUGCGUUACGCUAAUCCGGAAUACGCGGCGAAGACCGUUCCUAAAGGAGACCUCUUGGACUUCAUAUCGGUUUUCGGAAGUACUUUGUCUUUCUUCAAAAAACGGGUAUAAAGGCGUGUUGUUUGACCAUGUGCAGUGGUGGCUGACUGAUACUGACCCAGUGUAUGGUGAUCCGAGGGAGGGGCUGCUCGACCUCAGUCUCAUGUGAUUGGACGCUGGAUGGAAUUAAUGUGAAUGGAAGACAAAGAGCAGGACCUUAACCUGCCAGAGGGAGAUGAGACACGGUGGCCAAAUGGAGUGAAGAGAAAAAGAAAGAACAGUCAAUGCUCUAUGAAGAGCGCGUCUGUGAAGAACAUCUCUGUUCCAGGGUAUAUUCCCAGCUAUCUGGACAAAGAUGAGCCAUGUGUGGUGUGUGGGGACAAAGCCACUGGCUAUCAUUACCGUUGCAUCACAUGUGAGGGCUGCAAGGGUUUCUUCAGGAGAACUAUACAGAAAAAUCUUCACCCAUCGUAUUCCUGUAAGUAUGAUGGCUGCUGCAUCAUUGACAAAAUUACCCGCAACCAGUGCCAGCUGUGUCGCUUUAAGAAGUGCAUCUCGGUGGGGAUGGCCAUGGACCUGGUGCUGGACGAUUCAAAACGUGUGGCAAAGAGACGCCUGAUCGAAGAGAACCGCGAGCGGAGGAAGAAGGAUGAGAUCGUGAAGACUCUGCACACUCGACCCGAGCCUACAGACUCAGAAUGGGAGUUGAUUCGCAUGGUGACAGAGGCUCAUCGCCACACCAACGCCCAGGGCCCUCACUGGAAACAGAAACGCAAGUUUUUGCCAGAAGUCAUUGGACAGUCUCCAGCCCCCACAUCAGACAACGACAAAGUCGACCUGGAGGCCUUUAGUGAGUUCACCAAAAUCAUCACCCCCGCCAUCACAAGAGUUGUGGACUUUGCCAAAAAACUGCCCAUGUUCUCUGAGCUGCCUUGUGAAGACCAGAUCAUCCUGCUGAAGGGCUGCUGUAUGGAGAUCAUGUCGUUGCGUGCGGCCGUGCGGUAUGACCCCGAGAGCGAGACCCUGACCCUGAGCGGAGAGAUGGCCGUCAGUCGAGAGCAGCUGAAAAACGGGGGGUUAGGCGUGGUGUCUGACGCCAUUUUUGAUUUGGGCAAGAGCUUGUCGCAGUUCAACCUGGACGAUUCGGAGGUGGCGCUGCUGCAGGCUGUACUGCUCAUGAGCUCAGAUCGUUCCGGACUGACGUGUGUUGAAAAGAUCGAGAAGUGUCAGGAGAUGUACCUGUUGGCGUUCGAGCACUACAUCAACCAUCGCAAACACAACAUCUCACACUUCUGGCCCAAGCUGCUGAUGAAGGUUACAAACUUGCGUAUGAUCGGAGCCUGUCACGCCAGUCGCUUCCUGCACAUGAAAGUGGAGUGUCCCAACGAACUCUUCCCCCCACUUUUCCUGGAGGUCUUCGAAGAUCAGGAGGUGUGAUCAAGAGCUACGGUGAACUCGGAGGGGGUGGGCAAUGGGGCAAACCCCAUUUGAAUUUGUUUGUGCAUACCAGAAGCACUUGUUAUUCCACAUCUUCAUGCAAUGCAGAAUUGGGACGUGUAUUUUUUAUUUGCACCGUUGGGUCCCUUGUUUGCUUUGGGUUGUCAGCCUCUACAGUUGUUGACCUCACUGUUACUCGCCAUUCAGAUUCCUCCCACCGUCAGAAAAAAGCUGGCAUCCAUUAACCUACCUCUCGUGACAACAUACCUCCCAACCUCUGAAGGAGCUUGUUUUAAAAGCGUGACAAAGAGACCUGGACCGUGCAGGUUUUUUCGUUGAGAAAUCUUUGCAUCAUUUUAUAACCCGUUUCAGAUACGCUAAAGUAACUGUAACAAGUCAAAAGUAAAUUUGGGCACAAUAUUCAACUUAAAAAAAAUAGUGUUUUGCCAUCCACUUUGCACGCUUUAAAUAUCUCCUUUGUAAACCUAACUACCUGUGUGCGCUCAUACACUCUGUACAUACAGUACAUUUAUGUUUUGUGAACAUCUCAUACCUCAUAUACACCAGCAUACAGACAUACAUGUAGCAACGUGUACAUGUAUGCAUGCCUAUAGUUGUACCUGCACCGACACAUCCUCUUACAAUGUUGUGUAUACAGUUCUCUCGUACCUGCACACGUACCAGUCUACUUGUAUUAAGCUGACAAAUCUGUGACCUCAUCAUUUGAAUAGCCUGUUUUUGCGUACCGCUGUACAUCUGUAAGACCCAUAUUGCUGUCCUGAGGUAUUGUUAUGAUUAUUACGCCUGAAAUUACAAUUUUAGCCUUUCAGAGUGGUUAAGCAUCCAAAGGUGAUAUCAAAUAUGUAGCUUAAAGGGACAUUUCACUUUUU